UGCCGCACUUGCCGGAUCCGCAAGGUCAAGUGCGACGAAGAAAAACUACCAUCUCAAGCGCACGAGGAGCCACAGUGUCGGCGAUGCUUGGCAGCCCGCAUUCUGUGUGAGUGGAAGGGCGGUCCGAUACCACGGAGAUCAAAUCGAGCCUCGACGGAUAGAUCCUCUUCAAGAGAAGUUCCAGAAAGGGAUGAAACCCCCACUGCGAGCCAGGUCAACCCUGCAAGGAAGCGAUCACAUCUCCAAGUUACAUCAGCUUCUUCUGGGUCCCUGUCAAUUCGCAGCCCAGCAAGUGGCGCGCAGGCUCGUAGCAUCCAAGCUUCCAACUCCUUGUCAUUGUCAGUAUUUGACCGCCAGUGCUUGGACUACCUGCAAGAUUCAAUAUUAGUCGUGAUUCUUGGCAAGCACUGGCCUUGGUCAACAGUCUCUUAUGCAUACCAUAAAGUUGCCACCAGAGAGUCCAUGGUCAUGAGCAUGAUGCUGGCUAGUGCUGCGAGGGAGAUUCAUCGGUCCAAACUUUAUGAUACAGAGAACUCCUAUGACCAGAUUAUGAGCAACGAACAAUCAGACAUGGAUGGCAGAAUACACUACGGCCGCGCCCUGUCGGGUCUAAGAGAGGCACUAAAACAGGACGUGAAAACGCCACGGCAAAUCGAAGCCAUAUUCAUUACCCUUUGGUUGAUGAUAGAUUAUGAGAAUCGCUUUGGAAGUGGUGCAUCUGCUAUUAAUAUCCAUAUUCGGGGCAUCGAGACCCUCCUACACAAUCACAUCGUGCCCUUGCUCCAGGGCCAUACUCGUCUCCCCGUCAUCACUACAGAGGGUCAAGAUCCCUUGCAGGAGACACAGGCCCGGCUAGAAGUCACUGGCCUGGAAAAUACUGCAAAUAGUGCAAAUCUUUCCGCUCCUGGUCCUGUUCAUGGACUUGGCGGUACCUGUGUACCUCUGUUCCUUCUAUGGACACUAUACUUCUUCACACCUGCAGCUCUAUUCUUUGGAUCUGAAACUGCUCGUCUUGAUACGGAUAUUUUUAGAUUCUUUUUACGAUCAGAGGCUGGUAAUACACCCCUAAGCCUUCCUCAUCUGUACAGGCUGAGCAGGCAAUCUCCUGCCCGCUUUUGGGGCGAGGAGUACCCCAUGUCAUCUCAGUUGGAUGAUCUGGAGAACCUCUCAGGUCUUACACUAUAUCACCGCAGCCAUGUGAUCCAAUUCAAAAUUACGGAAAUGUUUAAACAAAGCUCAACGUCGGAUAUCAGCUUCGGCGAGGGGUCUCCCUACCAACGGAUUAUCAAAGAGAUCAACGCGCUGUCUAUUGAAUACGACACACUCCUCACUUCAGCCAGAAGAUCAAAUACCUGCGACGUCGCGGGCGACCGUCGCGUCAUGGAAACGGUCUUCUGGUCAGCCAUCACAUACUACGGUACAAUUGUAUAUUUCCACCUGUGCUUUCAAGAUCUUGUGAAUGAUUGGUCGGGCAUUCAAAACUACAACACCAUCAUUCCCCUCAGCACUGCCGUGUCCCAAGUUCUCGAGCUCGGUCUAAAGCUACACCGCAGUCGACCCCGUCUUGUGGUCCGGAUUGUUUGGCCGCUUUUUAUAGCGGGGAUCGCUACUUCGGAUCAAAUCUAUCAAGAUUGGGUGGUUAGGUAUUUAACGGCCGUCAAUGUACAGAAAUUCAAUAUAUAA